GUUUAAAGUACAGAAAUGUUUACUAUAUAUUCGAACGACCUUUUUAAAGGUGUUUUAAUUUUGUUUUAAAGAAUAAUACAAUUAAAUAAUCAUGAAACAAUUAUAUUUCACAGUGCUAUUUAUACUAUACGGAAUAAUCUAUUCUGUGAAAUCUACUAAUGUGACAAUACUUACACAACUUCAAUCAUUUUAUUAUCCAUCAAGAACUACAGUCUAUCAUAGAUGGUGUAAUGAACAAUAUCCAUAUGAUUACUGUUCACCUCUCUUUGUUAUCUGUUUAACAAAAACAUCUUUGAGACGUUGUAUACAAAAGUAUGAAUUUGGUGGAUCAGGUUCGGAAUAUGAACAUAAAAAGUUCAUCACAUUUCAUGAAAAACUGAAUGAAAAUAUGACUAAUCCACUUGUAUUUACCGUGUCAAAUUGGACUAUGAUGAGAAAACAUAUUUAUUUACGAAGUCUAAACAAAAUUCAAGUCCCGGAAUAAACAUCAACUCUGGGAUGCAGGUACAUUCAGUUAAUGAAUUCAGAAUAGGAUUAAACGCGAGUACUGGAUUCUACUGUUAGUCAUCAUCCACCUUUGCUUAUAAAUGCAAAGAUUAUUCAUUCACGUAAGCUUUGACUGUAAUCAAGAAUUUCACAAAAACGCAGUAAUAACAUUGGAAUCAUCCUUAGAAUCCUAUGAAUUAACUCCUUAUCUUAUAUAAACUCUAGAAUCAAACCCUUUUUACAAAUACUGCUAAUACAAACUCACUAACAGCUAGUUAUUGAAAAAUAAUUCAUUUACAAAUAUUUAUUUCAAUCAAUCUAUGAAGUUUAUC